AUGCCCGAUCUGAUAGAGAAAAUCGAGAGCAUCGUAGACCUUUUCCGACUGAGUCCACUGGAAUCCGAAUCCAUUCUGGAUGCCAGAGAUCCAGGCAAUGAUAUCCCGGAAAGCAGUGGUCGCUACAACAGACAAAUUACGAUUUGCGCUUCGGAAUUCGUGAACGCAAUUAACUCUCUCUACCCAGAGAAUGAUCUCCACAGUGGUCUUCAUAUCCUUCGUGGAUCGACAGUUAGGUCCUCCGCGUCUUCCAUAUCCGGGCUGUCUCUCUUCCAGGCUAUGUCUCCCUCAGAACCUACUUCGCCGAGGAAUGGUUAUCGUGAUGUUGUCCCUGAGGUAAGUACACCUACUGGUCUCUCUCUCCAUAGUUCGGCACCAGUGAGACCUUCUCGGGGCCCUGCAUAUUUGUCUUCCGGAGAAGUCUUUAGCCAUAGACUCAAAGAAGCUUGCAUUGAGUUGGCUUUAUCCACCGGUGGCCACUCCGAUACAGGAAGGUUUGAUCUGUUCUCCGAGCAAUGGACAAGUAUCGAAACGUGUUUCGACCAUGGUACAACGUCUUGGAUCGACUGCGCAAGUCACAAAAUCGACUACGAUGGACCCAAGAUGAGCUUUUGUCCGGAUCAACUUAUUGAGCCUGAUACUUUUGACUUUCUCAGUGCUGGUAUCAACACACUUUUGGAUGGGUCCUUUUCUGUAACCACCGCGAAUGCUGGAUCCACUCCCAACAGUAUUGAUUCGUUGCAUGCCUCAUUGUUGAACCAGUUCGAAAGCGCAAGAGCUAGUUGUUACCAUCAAGGAGAUUUUGCCAAGGCCCAUUUGUUCUUCCGGCUGGCUAAAGUGACUACCUCACUCUCUCCCGGACUAACAUCGCAGAUUGUCCAGGCGGUUGUAGAGGAGUUCCAUCACUCUAUCGAUACUUGCCGUCUCAAGAUUCAGAAAGGAGAAGCUCAGAUUGAGAAACUCAACGACAGGAUCAACUCGCAGCAGGCCGAGAUACGAUCAAUCUCGUAUAUCAAUGAUCGACUACGAGAGAAGAUGUGGUACACUGCUGACAUCCAGCGAGCAGGUCACUACGAAGAGUUGCGUAAGGUAGUGACGGCACUGCGUGUCAUGGCAUCAACAACUCGCCCAAAGACAGACAAANAGAAACCUCUUCUCAGGCACCGCAGUGCAUCAAAAUCUUUGAAUCAAAGUCUGCAACUCAAAGCAGAGGCCGCCACACUCGACCUCCUAUCUGCUCCAGUAGAAAAGGGUGGCGCAAACAAGCUCAGCGACGUCCAGAUCGAUAUGACCAAGCGCUGGAUGGAGGCACGCGGUGUCGAGAAGAUCUGCAGAGCGGAGGAACGGAUCCAUCGUUUUUGUUCCGAGCUUACCAGAUGUAUCGACCAUUUUGUAGGUCAGAGUAUAGUCGACAACCCGAUACUGUGGUCGAGCCAGCUGUUCCAGAACCAGAAGCCGUUGUCCGAACAGAUCCACGGUAGAGUCGGUACACCCAACUCUGAUCCAAGCGCAUUGGCAAAGCUUCGAUCGAUGUACGACAACAAUUUGUCUGGGCCGUACGAGACUCAUAUUCCACCUCAAUGGAAUCGGUUUCCUACUCCUUCACGGGCCACAAUGCACUCCAACUUCGCUGCCAGGAGCAUUAGUCCAAGGACCGUAGCGCACGAUUAUUUUGGAUGUCAAAGUCCUACCCUCACUCACAAGUCAUCUGGCACGUUGUGGUCAAGCUUUAGUGCAGGACCACAGUCUCCUUCAAGCGCUACAAGCUUCCCGUCUAGAGCUUUGUCACCCAUGUCCACUGGACGGCCACUAUCUCGUCACUCAUGCUUGCAGCAGAGUCAAGCUUCUUUCCUGGACGAGCUGAAGCAAAACUUGACCAGCUUGCUACUGAGCGAUUUCCACGACCUGUUUCGCUCGGGCAGUGAGACAGACAAGGCUAUGCGCAAAAUACUCAAGCUCAGAUUGCCGACUGGCAUGCUACCAUCCGAGAGAGUGGAGCACGAACGCGAUGCCUCUCAACCGUCUUUCGACUUCGAUCAAGUGUUUAGCAUGCUCCUGAGACGUUUUGAGCUACAAGCUAGUCCCUAUGCUAAACUUGAUAUCCUUCUUGAGCUUCAAUCCAUGCUCAAAGCGUAUCGAGUGGAUUGCGGAUUGGAAGAUGUGAUUGGCGCAUCACAACCCAACACCAAUCUGUUUGCUCAACGUGGACUCGGUCUUCGGAUUGACACCUCGAGCGCUCCUAGGACAGCUUUGGGUCACGAUAGUACCAUACUAAGCUUCCGCCAACUAUUUCAAGACCCGCAUCUACGACCCAAGACCUUGUUCCGCGACUUGCAAUACAUUGCCUCGCUCGUCCCUCUCAACGUUCUCGACAGCACACCUCGCGGCCGUGCCUUCUGGAACGCCACCAUAGCCGCUCUCGACAUGAAAGAACAGAUCUGCCAAAGCAUGAUUGAGACAGCCGACCAGAUCAUCCAGCAUCACACAUUUAACCGCGGCCACUCGCGCGUGACUUCUGCCGCACAGGCCGAACGUGAUGCCGCCGCCUUCUCACCACCUACACCACAACCUAGCGACCCCUCAGUCGCAGAUCUGAGUAUGAGUGAUGCGGCGACUCUACUGCAGCUUACAGCCAAGGAAGGUAUCCCCGCUGCUCAACGUGAGCUUGCGACACUCUACCUCACACACCCAGACCUCCUUGGUAUCUGUCUAUCGCCGUUCUCAAAAGUCAAAGAUUUCUUCAAAGAUGCGGAGAAAGAUCGAGAGGCGGCCAGUGAGAGGUACAAUCCUGUUGCUAUGGCUGUUGCACAGCACUGGAUGGAGUUGAGCGCAAGAGGUGGAGAUGGACCAGCAGCGAGGUAUUUGAGGGCCAAGGAUGAAUUUGAUAGGAUACCUUGA